CGUGAGGUGUCACACGUCCCCACGCAGAGAUCGAAAGGCAGGAGUUAGUUUGGCUCAAGCUCCCGGGGAUCUGCAAUGGCUUUAGUAGUUCGAAGCGUGGCGCAAUUAGCUGGAAUUUCACUCUCUCUGCUGGGAUGGGUUUUGUCCUGUCUUACAAACUACCUGCCACAAUGGAAAAACCUCAAUCUGGACUUAAACGAGAUGGAGAACUGGACCAUGGGACUCUGGCAGGUCUGUGUCGUCCAAGAGGAAGGGGGGACGCAGUGCAAGGACUUUGAAUCCUUCCUGGCUUUGCCUGCCGAACUCAGGAUCUCCAGGAUCUUAAUGUUCCUGUCCAACGGGCUGGGGCUCCUGGGCCUGCUGGCCUCCGGGUUUGGCCUGGACUGCUUGAGGGUCGGAGAGACGCGGCCAGGCCUCAAGAAGGGACUGCUGAUCCUGGGAGGGACUGUGCUCUGGGCAGCAGGCGUCGCGACCCUGGUUCCGGUCUCCUGGGUCGCCCACAUGACCGUCCAGGAGUUCUGGGAUGAGACCAUGCCAGAGAUUGUGCCCAGGUGGGAGUUUGGGGAAGCCCUCUUUCUGGGCUGGUCUGCUGGGUUUUCCCUCCUCCUGGGAGGCUGCCUGCUGAACUGCGUGGCCUGCGUUACCCAGGCAGUUCCGGCUCCGGGCCCCUACGCGGUGGUAGAAACACAGUGUCACCGUCAGCACCUGGAGAUGAAAAAAGCCCAUCUGAAAGUCUAAGCCAGGAAGGAUCAGUGGCGUCCACUCUUCAAGUGAAGCUCACUCCUGUCUGGGUUUGGAGAGUAAACCACUGUCUUCUACUCUGAGACCAAAACCACUCAAGACUCGAUAGUAAUCACACUCAUUACUGCGG